AUGGGAAGUGGUUUUGAAGAGAAGAUGAAUCACCCACGGCAUCCAAUAAUAUUCAAAAGCGAAGGAGAUCCAUUCAAAUGCAGUGGCUGUGUGGAAGAAGGGUAUGGCCCGAGGUACCAGUGCCACGAAACUGGUUGUCUCUUCGUCCUUCACGACCACUGUGCCAGGGCUCGCCCCCACGACGGCCCAAGAUUCCACCCGUUCAUGAAGGAGAGCCAGUUCAAAUUCCUCUGGGAACCGCCGGGGACGGAAGAACGAUGUUGCGAUGCUUGCGGGCAGGACAUCCGAGGAUUUCUGUAUCAUCACCAAUCCAAACGCGAGUUUGAUUUGCAUCCUUGUUGCAUGAACCUAACAGACAUACCUAUCUCUCAUGAUGGCGAUGAGAUGAUGCUGAAUCUUACACGCAAAGUGCCCUCUAAGUGUGUGAAAUGCAAGAGGAAGGAUAUAAAUGACGUUAAGAUAAAGAAGGGACGUUUCAGAGGGUGGUCCUAUGUGUCGUCUCGUGGAAAUUAUUGCUGCCAUGUUUAUUGCAUGAAGAAGACUUCGAUUCUGGAGGACGGGAAAAAGGUUUAUUUCAACGUUGCUGGUGCUUGUUAUUCUUCCUCUUCUUCAAGCUCGGUCAUCACAAGUAAAACUGCAUCAGCUAGAAGCUCUUUGGCCAUGGAUAGAAGAAGAAGAAGCUCGUCUAAACCUGUCACUCGUGCGUUGAUCGAAUUGGUGAAAAUAGGAUUCAGCGCCAUAAUAUCUGUUUUAUUAGGAAAUCCAACUCCAUUGCUUACUGCUCUCGCUGAAAAGUUGUUCGAAUAA